GCUUGUCGCUUUCGUGAUGAAUACUGACACUGCUGUCAGAAUUCUUAUUUACAUCGUGAUUUUGGUUGUAGUUGGGCUACUGUGGUCCUCAUAUUUAGAUAAUUAUAUCCAAAGUAUACCUAGUAAUGGCAUAUCAGUUUGCUGGGCUUAAUUUAAUCCGGAUUAUUGAACAUGUGGAGAGGCAAAGAUUCAAUGCUGAUAAUCCGUUCGAAUUCUCUGACUUUAAUUUUGUGAAAUUAUAUCGUCUGCGAAAACAGGAGGUGCAAAAUUUGGAAGAAAUGUUACAGCCAUUUUUACCAGUACAUCCUAGAUCGCACGCGAUAAGUAAUCGCACGAAGAUACUGUCUGACUUGUGUUUCUUUGCAAGUGGAAGCUACCAGCUGGAUGUAGGUAGAAAUCAUACAGUAACUCUCAGCCAGCCAUCGAUUUCAAGAACUUUACAUGAGGUGUUCGGAGCAUUCAACACUCCAGAAAUAUUGAACAGAUAUGUCCAUUUUCCAAACACAAUUCAAGAGUUAACCAACACCAGAGAAAAGUAUAUUUCUAUUUAG